AUGAAAGCAAUUGAAGCAGAACUUGCAGGAGUUAUCGUCUCUAACCAUGGAACUCGGCAGCUAAAUUACACUCCAGCUACUAUUUCUGUUCUUGAAGAGGUUGAUCAACUGAUUAUCUAUGGCUUGGCUGCUAAUGGAGAAUCUGGGGUAAAACAAGUUAUUGAAAUGCUUAAGAAUGAACUAGAACAAACUAUUGCUCUUGCUGGCUGCUGCACUGUGGCAGAAAUUACCAAAAAUUAUGUCAAGACGGAGAAAGAAAGGUUCCUAGGUAGGAUGUAG